GGCUUGUGACCUCGCGACCAGAACCAUAUUAGAAUGAUGUCAUGCGCAGCCACAAGUGGACCUGGGAUUUAUCAAGUUCCCUGCAGUUGAGCAGGAGUUAUGCCAGCCUCUUCCUCCUCCUCCCCCUCUUUCUCCUGCGGAGACGCGGAACUCAGAUUCGACGGAGAAGAACUGAGCAAAUGAUCUACUUUUUCCCUGUACUUCCAGGGCGGUAACGAUCAGCGGGUCUCGACACUCCGCACGCAGCCAUCGAGCGAGCCACGGCCGCCCGCUUUGCCAUCAUUAAGCGUGAAAACAGAGGCUGUGAUUAAGAGGGGACUUCCCCGGUAGAUGAUGCCCUUUCCUGCGGGCCGCUGAGGAGCAGCGCCGACCCCUCGCUCCUUUCACUACUUUGUUGUUGUCUUUGUGCGGCUGAUGCGAACAUGAUGGACGGUUCUCUCUGCCGCCCAGCGGGUAUCCUCGGCGCGCCCACGGCCACCGGGAGUCAGCCCGCGGGCUCAGACAUGAUCACCUCCGGCGGCAGCACCAAGCCUCUCGCUUUCUCCAUCGACCGCAUUAUGGCCAGGACACCCGAACCCAAGUCGAUACCGCUCAGCACCUGGUUCCAGACCUCUCCCGUGGGGAAGCCCGACGUGUGUCCGUCCUCACUACACUGCAUGAUCCCGCUGGUACCUCUCGGGUAUGAGGGGGGACACCGACUCAGCAUAAGCGGGCUGGACCAGGGGCACUUGGACGGCUCUCACCUGCCAGCUCCGGUAGACAUUUUGGGAUUCGGGUUGAAUUACCGAACCCAGCAAGAGGACUCCGUUGUGAGCCACACCGGCGGUCAGUACAAACUUUUCAGACCGCGGGUUGUGAAUCAGUCCUCCCUCUCCACCGUGGGCACCAUGUGCUACCUGAACUGCACUGGCGAUGGAGGGGCCUGCGUCCCGCCGGCCGGCCUGGUCAACCUGCACCCGAUGGCCUCGUACCUCCUCACCGCCCGACACAAAGCCCUCAUCGCGGAAAAGAGCAAACAGCAGGGCGGAGAGCGAUGCUCGGUGUCCGGGGUGCAGGCCUUCAAGCAGCUUUCUCCUAGCCAGAUCCAGCAUUACAUGAAGGAAAGGGAUCAAAUGCUCACGGACAAGAUGUUUAAAGGCUCCUCGGCAGCAGCGGCAGCGGCUCGACUGAACAGUUCGUGUUCCGGCAGCAAACCCAAAGUGUUCACCUGCGAGGUCUGCGGAAAGGUGUUUAACGCGCACUACAAUCUGACCCGGCACAUGCCCGUGCACACUGGCGCGCGACCGUUCAUCUGUAAAGUUUGCGGGAAAGGGUUCCGUCAGGCCAGCACGCUGUGCCGACACAAGAUCAUCCACACUCAGGAAAAACCUCACAAGUGUAACCAGUGUGGGAAAGCCUUCAACCGGAGCUCCACACUCAACACUCACACACGGAUCCAUGCGGGAUACAAACCGUUUGUGUGCGAGUUCUGUGGGAAAGGAUUCCACCAGAAAGGAAACUACAAGAACCACAAGCUGACACACAGCGGGGAGAAGCAGUUCAAGUGCUCUAUCUGCAGCAAGGCGUUCCACCAGGUGUACAACCUCACCUUCCAUAUGCACACUCACAAUGACAAGAAGCCAUUCACCUGCCCCACCUGUGGCAAAGGCUUCUGCAGGAACUUUGACCUGAAGAAACACAUCAGAAAGCUGCAUGACCCGGCUGGGGCACCCUCGCCCCUGCAAACCUGAAAUCCUUCUAAGCUAUGACAAACUGAAUCCAGCUCAAGAGCUGUUGAGGACAGAUUCAGAAAUGAGAAGCCUGUGUUAAGGUCUCUGCACUUUCUCUGCUCCAGUCCUUGUUAAUUAGCACUGACUCUGAAAUGCUCUGAAAACUAAAGUAUUGUAGUGGUUUUGUUUCCUUGUUUUAUGCUGCAUAUGCUGCCCUCUGCUGUUUAAAUUGGCAGUUUGAACCUGUAGUGACUCAAUUCUUUCAGUCCAGCAGUUUUACCUUCAGCACAGUCAUGGAGCCGUCCAAAGAAUUGACUUUUAUUCUUUACAUGGCAAAGCGUGCAUGAACUUGUUCCACAGAUCAUAUUUUACCUCAAUAUUGUUCUUUUGUUCCCUCAAAAUAAAAAAUAAAAAUUUAGUAUCAUUGAUUCAGGCCUCCCUAAAUCAGUAUUUGCUGUAUUGAUAAUUCCUACUGGAUAAUGUUUCAUCUCAUCAAAGCUAAGAUA